GUCAAGGGAAAGCAAAUGAUGCCAAAAUAAGGAAUCCACAAACAGUAAAAAGUGGCCUGUGUGCUGGACCCGUGCAGGAGGAUGUGCGCAGAGUUACAAACAGCAGGAAUAACAAUGGACAAGUUGUGUUUGUGAGGAGGCUGGUUGGGGAGGUUUUUGGCCAAAAAACCCCCUCUGUUUCGCAUUUCUUUCUUGCACGGAUGCGGUUUCGGCAAUCGAUCAAGUAUGUAAGUUUUUGAUCAAGAGGCCUGCCCUCACCUUUUUCCCAUUGUAUGAUCGUUUUUGGGUUUUUUUUUUGUUGUUGUUUUUUUAAAUCACAGAGCAGCUUGGUGUUUUACAAACAGUUUAAAUGAAAAAGUGGUUGCCGUUUGGGGCUGGUUGCGGUUGGAUUGUAAGAAGGGGGGGGGGGAGAAGAAGAAUGGAGCCAGAACUAGAAAAGGUGCUUUGAACUGAAACAAAGAAAGACAAGAACAAUGGCAGAAAGAAAAGAAAAGAAUGCGGCCGUGUAUAGCAGCGCCUCUUUCAAAAAGUUGGGCUCCAGUAGGGGUGAGGAGCAACACAAAUCAGAAGGUUCGGAGGUUGUCGGCAUCGCCCUCCCCCCGGAGCCCAGCCGAGCAGAACAGUCCUGGGCAACGCGUAAUGUCAGUGUGUCAAGAAAAGUUUCCAAAAUCUCCGCCACCGCAACCGCAGAGCCAAAGAGAGGCUCCUCUAUUUCUCCAUCCAUCCGCCAGCUCACGGAGAAGUUCAGCAGCAGCAGCAGCAGCAAGAGGAGCGGCGGAUCCACCAGGACGCACCACGCUUCACCGGGAGAUGGUGCAGCCCUGACGCGGGGGAGCAGCACUCUACCCCAGGCCCGAGGAGACAGCAGAAACGGAUCUCCGUGUCGUAAAUCUUUCCACGAAGACAGCGGUGAGAGGAGUUUCCUGGAGAGCGAUCCGACCAGCGCGGAGUCUACCUCGGACAGUAAAACGCCGAAGUUUCUCUCUGGCACCGAUUCUGUAUCGGGUUCAGAUUCGGAGAGAAAAAGCGAUAAGUGGAUUUUUCGGCGUUUAUCAGCGGAGAGCAGCAGCAAGUCUGGUAAGAGAGAUUAUUCUCACAUCAAUGCCGCUGAUGUGAGAAAGAGUUUGACUACAGACGAGGAAGAGGAUGUUAACAGUAAAGAGGCUCCCCCGCCUUGUAAAUCUCACAGAGGUUACCUCCACAUCCCCACACAUUCUGAAAGGUGGCCCAGUGUUACCAAAAUCCGACAACUUUUCGACGAGAAGGCUUCGCCGCCACUCAAGACUGACACAUGUGAGGGUUUAAAAGCAGCUGCCAGAGGGUAUUUACAUGAGCCCAGCUGCAGUGAAAGUGACCAGCAGCCAGCAUGCAUUUCUGUUUUUCAUAAAUGCAUAUCUGGAGCACACAGCAGGGAAACCUGCUCCUUUAAAGAAACUUUAUGUUAUGGUGCAGACUUUUAUUCCAAAACUGAACAUCCUCAGAACUCGAAUGACAAGGAAGGGGAAAUAGAAAAAGCUGAAGUAUCUUCCAGAAGUCGUUUUCACACUGGGUCUAAUUACCACAGGAUUAACUCAUCUACAUGCAGAUCUCAAAGUGCCAGUGCUGACCCAGAAGCUGCAUGUAAGUUCCCCGGAACAACUGGAUUGACACCUGACCCUAAACCUGACCUUCAACCCUGUGCUGCUCCAUCUUCCAGGCAAUCGGUGGGCUUAGACACCUCCUCCUGCUCCUCCUCUCAACCACAGCCGACAGAGAGGGAGAGAAAGGAUAGACAGGGGGUCGGGCUGCCCAAGGAUAGUUUACAUUCCUCACAUAGCUCCUCUAGAGCACCAGCCCCCACCACCUCCUCCAUCUCCUCUGCUCCAGAUAAAGCUGUUACCUUCUGUUCCUCUGCUAUAGCUCUUCCCUCUGAGUCAGGAGCCCUUACAAAAGUUAGUUCUCCCCUUGGCUUCAAUUGGAAAUUAAGCUCUGGAGACGAAGAAGAGGUGCACAUCAGGAGAAGGAGGGGAGGGGCUUUGGGUUAUCCCUCCUGUCCUGCUCCCUCUGGCACUUGCAGGGGAGGGGAAAGGAGUGCCACUGAGCGAGGGGGCAGCUAUUUAUCCCGCAAUAAAAAUGGCCGUUGGGGUGCAAAGGUCAUUGGCAGGUCCUCGGGCAGCGAGGAGGACAGCCCUGCUUCUUUAGGCCCCCACUGUCGAGAGGCAGUGCGCCGUCGGUCUCUAAGAAAGAAGAAGAAGUUCAGCGGGGCUGCUCCAGCAGCUGGCCGAGAUGAUUACAACGAUCAGUAUGGUGAAUCAGAAGACAGUGACAGUGACCCAGCCCUGACCAUGGAUCACACAGAGAGACAUCACCAGCAGCAGAACACUGGAGAAGUUAUAUUCACGAUACAUCAGAGCCACUCAACACGAGAACCUAGUGGUCGUAGCAACAGAGCCAGGGUGCAGCACUGGGAGCGCCUCUCCUCACCUGUGAUGUCCACCACACUUCCUGCUUUAUCACGAGUGUCAAAGGUAAAGAUACCCCCUUUUGUUUCUAGUCCUGAUGAUACAUGCUGCAGUAGCAGAUACUCCAGUACUGAGACACUAAAAGAGGAAGACCAGGGGAAUGGUGGCAGCUCCAGAGACGAUAUGCUCUUUAACACAGGUGGAGCAGAAGGCCAUACAAGCAGAACUGCUUCGUCUUCUGUGUUGAGUAAAACUUACCACGGGAAUUUCACCAUGUACAGGUUCCCUAGCUUUGGACAUGGAGACAACUUUUCCAGGGCCCCUGUCCAAGUGCGCCCCAAGAUCUUGCCGACAGUAACCUUCAUACCAAGUUUAAUGUCCAGAGAGCGUGGGGGAUCUUCAGGAGUAAGAGGUCCUGACACUGUUGUAUUAAGGAAAACAACGGGGAGGGAGGCUGCAAAUAAGGAUAACAAAAUUUCUAUGUCCAACCCAGAUAUCACAUCGGAAACUAUGACUCUGUUAAACUCAUUAAAAAAAGAUGUGCCAAAGCUCAAAAUGCGAAGACCAAGUGGGGGGGACCGAAGUGUGGCUGGGGAGGGGUUGUCGGAGUACAGUAGGGACCCUCAUGGUGGGAUAAAUCUGCCUUUGGCUCGCCGCCCUUCGCUGAAAGACCUAACAGCCACCCUAAGGCGCACAAAAUCCUUCUCUUAUUCAGACAAACCUUCAACAGGUGCAAGGUCUUAUUUGACAGGUGGUACAACAAAGAGGAGUUCCUCUGAGCAGCAGCUUGACUUGGAUGAUGAGAAGAUUGAGGGUAGGGUGGUGGUGUCAGACAGAGAAGUAGAAAGUGAUGGUGGGGAUUUUAGGUUUGGACAACAAAAUCUGAGGACUUGUGGACUGGAGGAUGACGAUGAUGAAGUGAUGCCAACUCCACUAGAGGAGAGGUGCUUGCAGGAAGCCAGACAGGUUAUUCAAGAUAUCUGCCAGAUGUGCACUAGGGACGAUGAUGAUGUAGGCAUAAUUUCAUCUGAUAGUAUUUUAGGGAAUAAAGGUUUUCGGGUCAAGCAAACAGAUGAAGGGAAGGAAGAAGCAGGAGGCAUUAUAGAUGAGACAAGAACAGCUCAGGAGUCUGAGAACACAAAAGACAAAGAUAAACAUGAGCAGGAGAGAGAGAGCAGGGAGAGGAGUGAACCAAGUAUGCAGCUGGAGAAACUAAACAGUAGGGGUACAGACUGCUGGGAGAGGUCCAAUAGACAAAGCAGAGAGCUGGAGAGAGCAUUACUGAAGGGCGAUUCGGAGGAAAGCAUGCACUAUGACCGCUCCAUGGAUGAACUUUCAGGCCAUGACUCCAGCUUAACAGAUGAGGGGAUUGUGACAGAGCCCGAGACUGGUCCCAGUGACCCCUCAGAGAGAUCCUUCCUAGGAUCAGCUGGUGUUCAUUUAGGAUCAAGAAUAGCAAGAGAUGUUCUAGGGCAGCCAGUGACUGAAUGGAAGCAGUCAGCUAUCCAUGAGGUGGAGGGCUUCAAACAGGAGGAAAAAGCAAUGCUAGAGAGCGGCACGAACUGUACAAACCGUCUGAAUGAGGCUCGUUUUCUUCACCCUUUGACUCAUUCUGUAUGUACGGCUCAGACUGACAACCAUAUUAUGGAUAUGAGUGCUGCUGCUUUUAUAAACAAACACAACUCUGAGGGAAUCCACACCAACAGUGCUGUGUCAACAGGGUCCACGUCAGCUGCAGGAUCAGGCGGAGGAUUUGAGGCUCCUGCAACCCCAAGUGCAGUCCGUCGAAGGCGCAAGUUCUCCCCCUCUGGUAACAACAACACAGGGUCCGAUUCCAGUAAUGGCAGUCAUGCAGAGUCAACAAUAGCAACUGUAGGAAAUGGGGAGUCCACUGUCUACCGUUCUCUUAGCGACCCCAUGCCUCAGCGGUGCUGUUCUGUAGCGGAAGAAGGGAGCAAUAAUUUUUCUUCAGUCGACAGCAACCUUUUGGGAUCCCUGUCUGUCAAAGGGGGAGGCCCUCCUGAGUCCUCUGUAGGAUCUACACAAUCAGAAUACAAAGGCAGCGUGGCAAGUGACCUGUCUGUUUACAGUGAUGGCGGUUUACGUGAUGACAGCAUUCAGGAUUACAGUAGGGUCAUCAGAAACAUUGUAGCUGAGCCUGGUGCAAUGGACAGGAUGAUCACAGAUGAUCAUGGCAAUGGCAAGGCCCCCAAGAAGAAGUCUUUUAGUGACCCUAGUCGCCGUAGUGAGGCCCCUCCAUUGUCCCAAACUGACCCUCAAACUGGCAGCAUGCAUCAAAUCAGUGAGUUGGAUCAAUCUGGACAGAUUCCACCUUCCAGCAGCGAGCCAAUUCUCAGUGAGCAGAGAGAGGAAUUGUGGGAAUCAGAGUCUAAGCCGACAAAACUGCUUCAGGCUGAGAUGGCAGCCUCCCAGCCAGAAUGCAGUGCUUUCUCUGAUAACCCAGAGAAUGAAGAUGAUUUGAUAGAUCAUGAUGCAAAGGAGAAGUUUAAAUUGGAUCUCACGCUUGCUGAGGUUCUGUCUCCUAGAAUAACACGUCGGCUGGGUAAAAAACGUCCUAACAGGUUGCAAUCUUUUCCUGACAAUGGCCAAUUUCAACCCAUUGAACUGGGUUCAGAGGACCAGGAGGAACACACCAACCAAAAUAAGCUCAUCUCCUCUCCUCCAGCAUCACCGCUGAAAUCCAAAUCCAAAACCAAACCCAAGCACAUUCGCCACACCAGCGAGCCCACCAUGUUCUUGCCCAUCUCCCCACCCACACAGCUGCAGCCCCUGGAGGAAGUGGACUUUCAAGCAGUGCCUCCAGGAGAUGAGGCCCCAUCUUUGGAGGAUGUGACACAGAAAUAUAAUCUUGACACUGAGGCCAGGCCUGUUCCUACAGCAAGUAACGGAGCUCAGGGUUUAAUUUCUAGUGCAGAGGGCUCCGGUGGGACCAGCAAUGUUGGACUUACUGAAGUUGGACCUCAGAAGGUUGGCACAGAGGACACGUUAUCUGUAUCUGCUCUACAGAAGAGCAAACCCAAAGUGGACAUGAGAAAACAUGUAAUGAUGACCCUCCUGGACACAGAGCAGUCAUACGUGGAGUCUCUACGCACUCUUAUUCAGGGCUACAUGCGUCCUUUAAAACAACCAGAUGGCAGCUCUAUUGUGGACCCUCUGCUGGUGGACGAGAUGUUUUAUCAGAUCCCAGAGAUCCUGGAGCACCAUGAACAGUUCUUGGAGCAGGUUGCAGGCUGUGUCAGCCAGUGGCACGACAGGCAAACGGUUGGACACCUCCUCAUCUAUUCAUUCUCCAAAGAUGCUCUCGCUGAUAUGUAUUCAGCGUACAUCGACAACUUCCUCAACGCUAAAGACGCCGUGAGGAUCGCCAAGGAGGCAAAACCAGCGUUUCACAAGUUUCUGGAGCAAAACAUGCGUGAGAACAAGGAGAAGCAGGCUCUGGGUGAUCUAAUGAUCAAACCGGUGCAGAGGAUUCCUCGAUAUGAGCUGCUAGUUAAGGACCUGUUGAAACACACACCGGAGGAUCAUCCAGAUCACUCGUUUUUGCUGGACGCUCAGAGGGACAUCAAGCGACUGGCGGAGAAAAUCAACAAGGGGCGCCGCUCCGCUGAGGAGGCAGAGAGGGAGGCCAGGGUUAUCCAGGAGAUUGAGGCACACAUAGAGGGAGUUGAACAUAUUCUGAAUCCACAGAGGAAGUUCUUGAGACAGGAAAUAGUCAUGGAGGCGAAGACUGUAGGGGGUAAGAAAGACCGAUCCCUCUUCCUCUUCAGCGAUCUGAUCAUCUGCACCACUCUCAAGAGGAAGUCUGGCUCAUUAAGGCGCAGCUCCAUGAGCUUAUACUCUGCUGCAAGUGUGAUUGACACCUCUAGUAAAUACAAGUUUUUGUGGAAACUUCCUCUAGAGGAUGUGGAGGUGGUAAAAAGUUCUUCUCAGGCAACCAACAAAGAGAGCAUCCAGAAGAUGAUUGCCCGGUUGGAUGAGGAUCUCAGCACUUUGGGUCAGAUCAGCAAACUAUCAGAAACCCUCAGCUUUCCACAUCAGUCCCUAGAUGAGGUCAUAAAAGAUCUGAUGGCAUCAGUGCACAAAGAGCUCUCAGAAAAGCAGUCUUUGGCCUUCAGCAUGACUUUCCUGCCCACAAAACUAGAGUUCACCACGGCCUCCGCUGAGAGCACUUUUGUCUUUGAGUUCAGCUCGCCUGACGCUUGCUCAAGUUUCGAGCAGGCCUUUGAGGAUGCCAAGAAGAAGUUGGCUAUGAACAAGGACCAGUGGGACCCAGAAUUCCUAAAGGCCAUCCCUAUUAUGAAGACCCGCAGUGGGAUGCAGUUUUCAUGUGCCUCGCCCAGCCACAGCUGUCCUGACAGUGGCUGUGAAGUUUGGGUGUGUAACAGUGAUGGAUAUGUGGGACAGGUUUGCUUGUUAAAUAUCAGAGAUGAGCCCACGGUGGAGGCAUGCAUCGCUGUCUGCUCAGCCAGGAUCAUUUGUAUUGCUGCAGUUCCAGGACUCAAGGGAAGGGAUCGUGUAUCAGAACCCACUCCGACCUCUGGACCUCCGGGUCACCCCCAGCAGCAGCUCAACAUCUUGAUCUCACCUUCGACUCUGGAGCUAAUAGAGCAGCCUACAGGACCAGGGACGGAGCUUGUGCCAUUUGACAGCGAUGACUCGGAUGAUGAGGAUUCACCUAGUCCUUCUUCCACUUUGCAGAGUCAGGCCAGUCAUUCCACCAUAUCAUCCAGCUAUGGCAUUGACGAGGGUCUGAGCUCCAAGGACAUGGCCACGGAGACCACCAGCAGCGAAGAGGAGCAGGAGUUCCCUAUUCCAAGCUCCUUUGGUGCUCCAGGGGUUCUAGGAGUAGGUAGAGGAAGUCGCCCCCACACAGAGAGCACCAUGGACGGCCGGGCCAUGCGGCGAUCUUCCAGAGGGUCGUUCACCCGAGCGAGUCUGGAAGAUCUGUUGAGUAUCGACCCGGAGGCCUAUCAGAGCUCAGUGUGGCUCGGCACAGAAGAUGGGUGCAUCCAUGUGUACCAGUCCUCAGACAACAUCCGAAACCGUAAGAAUAGCAUGAAGAUGCAGCACUCAGCCUCCAUCCUCUGUGUACUGUAUUUAGACAACAAAGUGUUUGUUUCAUUAGCAAAUGGAGAGGUGAUCGUCUAUCAGAGAGAAGCGGGUAGUUUCUGGGAUCCUCAGUCUUCCCAGACGUUAGUUCUUGGUACAUCAAGUAGUCCAGUUACCAAAAUGGUUCCCGUUGGAGGGAAACUGUGGUGUGGCUCACAAAACAGGGUUCUUAUCAUCAACACUACUACACUGGUACAGGAGCACUGGUUCCAGGUCGGCACCGACAGCAGCCGCUGUGUUACGUGCAUGGUGGCGUAUGGUCAGGGUGUGUGGUUGGCGCUGCAGGGCAGUGCGCAGGUCAGGCUGUACCACGCUCAGACCUUGGAGAGUCUGACGGAGGUGGAUGUGGCCCCGGCUGUGCACAAAAUGCUUGCAGGUGCAGAUGCAAUCAUUAGACAGCACAAAGCUGCCUGCCUCAGGAUCACAGCCUUGUUGGCCUGUAAGGAUCUGCUUUGGAUCGGCACCAGUGCAGGGGUGGUCCUGACACUGGCGAUCCCAAUGGUGAGCACAGGAACUGGUGCUGGUACUCUGAAGUCACCUCUGGUUCCAAUGGGAUCGGCUCAUGGACACACAGGGCACGUUCGGUUCCUGACGUCAAUUGAACUACCAGAAGGGUUUGAUAUGAACUUCCCUCCAACAACAACGGACUCCGCAGGCAAUCAGUCUCAGAGCAGCAGCAUAGAUGGUGGGAGCCUCCAGAGGCGUGACUCCACACAGCGCAGAGCCUCCACCCACAUCCCUGCAAAGACCAAUCAUCUCGUCAUUUCUGGCGGAGAUGGCUAUGAGGACUUCAGACUGACCAACAGCAGUGAAACCGUUGGUCGAGACGAUAGCACCAACCACCUUUUGCUUUGGAGAGUCUGAGACAAUCAAACUCCCAGUCCGACCAAUCUCCGUCUAGCACUUUUUGGCAUUGUUGUUUUGGUGUUGUGCUCGGUCCACCAGUCUCUAUGUGCGUGACACGGCUGUAAGUUCGCUCCUGGAUUUAUGAAUGAAUAUGACCACAUCAAACUGACCGCUAUUGUUGUGUUCCUGAUGGUGUGCACAUCUUUGCCUGUUUUAUUUUAAUCUGAGUGUUUUCCAGUUUUUGUUGAAAGAGACCAAAAAAAAAAAUAGAAGUUCUUAAUUAAAUUUGCAAAGAUGGACUCAUUUUCAAACUGAGGACCAAUAAAGAACUUAAACAGGCGGAUCUGGAUUCUUUAGAGGGUUAAAAGGUUUGAGUAAUGUGAGGUGAUUAUUGAGGCAUUGCAUGUUCUGUUUUAUGGAACUUUAAACACUUCAGUCCAUCAUUAUUUUAUCUUAACUUAAAUCAGGAAGCCCUCAGAUGAAGAUCAGAGGUAACAAUGUACAAUAAAUGUAACAUAACUCAAAACGGUAGUUUUAAAUUCUUAGCUAUAUAUAUAUAUAUUUUUUUUUAUUUUUAGUCUUAUUUUUCAGCUAAAAUUCAAAGCUAGCCUUAAGAUCAGAUAAGGUGAGAUUUUUCUGAUUCCAGUAAGGUGGUGAUCUGUUGCACAAUGGCUGAUCAUAGCUGUGAAACUGCCAAUGUCACCGUUCCUCCAGCAGAGGGAGCAAAAGUAAGAGCAUAUUUUUUUUACAGUGCAACAUUGCACAUAUAUGAUGCACGGCCUUAUUAAACAAUAGAAAAAAAAUAUAUGAUCUCUGUAGAAAAUCACAUUCAGUUAGCUCCUUCAGAUUUAGUUUUGCUGUCAGUUUAAGUUUAAACUAUGUCCCACUUCUGGUUGGGAAGGAAAAAGAAGUGCAUUCCUCCUUAACACAGUCAUGCCAAAGCCUUGUAGAUGUUAAAGAUAUUAUUUUGCCAUGAAAAGUCAGUUAGUUGAGGAUCUGCCUCUGGACGGAGCCUCUUCAUAGAAGACGCUAAACUGCGGUUGCAGAACAAGAUAGUCGUGUACAGUAUUUAUGCUUUUAAUAUUAGCGCCUUCUUUUACUGCACUUAAUUUAUAGAAGAUGUAGCUUUCACUUAUUCUGUUGGAAAUGAUGAAAACCGUGUCCCUCACUUGAUUAUGAGAGUAAAUUAAAGUAUGUGGUUUAGCUCAGGCCAUUCACUCUUGGUUCAUAACAGUUCACAACACAGGGUUCUUGUUGUUUGGACUAGACCAAACUUAUCAUCACUGUAGGAUAUAUGUCCAACGGUUUUGCCUUGUAUAGUAUCUGGAAGCAGAUUUUGGAUUGUCAGAGCACAGUCACUCCAAGGCCUGUAUGUGUGCCAAGUUUGCUUCAUAUUUGAGUUUUGCAUCAGCUCUGUGUCAUGUGUUGGGUCUUAUUAGCUUACAAAAAACACCAUAUUCAGAUGGAAUUUAACACCUGGUAUUUACAGGUGGUAUUUAGUAUUUAGUAUGGUAUUUAGUAUGUCAGUAGGACAAAUGCGUAGUGUCUACACCUGCCUUCAGAAGGCUAAAGGUUAAGCUACUUCACACAAGUAAAAGUCAGUUGACCUUCAUUUCCUGUCCUUCCACACACACUCGUAGGAGUUAACCUCGGGCUUUGGCGGUUAAGCGGUGAUUUUCUUUGAUCCCUCAAAGCCUUGUAAACCUCAUUGCACUUUAUCAGCCAUCUGGGGUCUUCACCUCAGUAUUCCCACUUCUAAAUACAUCGCCAUUAAGCUGUUUCUCCCUGUAAAAUAACUAAGAGGAUCAGCUAUCUGCUGUGAUAGUCGCUAACUAGCUAGUGAGCGUCUGUUAACUUAGUGUUGGAUUAUUUUCCUCAAGUCCAUUUGUUAUUAGGGUAAAAUGAACACAAGGAAAUGCCUUUUUUUUCUCAUUCCUAGCACAAACAUUUGCUUUCAGAACAAUCCAUACAGCAUCCUUAAUUGGUAAUGUAGACAAAACGUGUUCAUAAAUUGCAUGAUCAAUCUAAACUUUGACUUUUGUGUUUUCUGUGCAAAAAAGCUGCCACUUCAAAAAAAACAAAAAAAAAAGCUGUACAUUUAUGCUGUAGGACAUUCACAUACUGUUCUUUUAAAUGAACUUCUCCACAAACUGGGAGCUUGGUAGCAGAAAAGCCCUCAAAGGUGGUAUUGGGUUUUCUAAUGUUCUCUGAUGAGAACCGUCGUUUUGGCUGAUUAUGCAUUGAAGUCGUAAUGAAUAGUUUCAGCUGAAUGGUUUCAAUAGGUUUAAAUGUUUUAAAAGAAUUUGUCAGAAGUAACACAACUAUAAAAGAUGUAUUUUCCAAAGAAGCAUAUCGAACCGAGUGAAAUGGACAUACUCGGACUCUUUAUUAAACUUUAGAGCUUAAAUAUGAAGGUAUGAAGCAUUUUCUAUAUUACUUUAAACAUGAUCAAGAGAAGGAGGAAAGUGGUAAUCGGUAUCAUCCCAACAUCUCCAUCACUCUCACUGACUAGUAGGAAACUACAUGUGAACUAAAUCUUAUUGAUGUAAAUAUUGGUAUAUACGGCUUUAUUUCUGUAAAUAGUACACUCACAUUCCUCAACUGUUGAUAUAAAUCAUAUGGCAUAUUUUUAUAUGUUUGUGUAAGGUUUGUCUCUAUAUUUUGCCCCCUUUCCCACUCUGCAUGUGCUUUCAGUCAUAAAGAAAGUGUGACCUGUCACAAAGUAAGAAAUAUAUUGCCCCUGACGAAAUAAGGGUGAUAGUUUUUUGUUUUUUUAUUCAUGCAGUUGCAUUUACAGUACCUUCAAAAUGUACUUGUGUUUACUUUGCUGCUAAUUUCAACAGGAAAAAAUGGACAAUUAGUUUUUGCUCUGCCAACUUUCUGUUUUUCUCUGCCUCUGGUUGACAUCUCGUCAUGGCUGCAAUCUAUCAGAGUUACCUCCUGUAUUUAGCUGUUCUUGUUUUGUCACUGUGGGUUCCUCUUUGUAAAAUAAAAUCAUUUCACUGGGA